AUGAAAAUCUGUUGUCUCCCUUCGCAUACCUUUUCUUCAACGCGGACUUGGUCCAACGCCAGAUCGAUGCGAACGGAGGACAUCGGCGGCUUUAUCGGCAUGAGCGGGUACUUCACUUAUGAACGUGGUAUUAAUAUGGUACUUGCGGAUGACGACCUGGGAGACUUGGACCCUUUCUCCAGCAAUGGCCAAAGGCAGACCAAACGGAAGUCGGUCGAAGCGCAGGUUUUUGAGCGGGAGCUUUUAUGCCUAGAUGCGGAGAACGAACCGUCUGCUGAAAGAACUGCAUAUCGCACUCCUGUCUUUCUAGGGUACGGCGACGCAGAUGAAAAGGUCCGCGUCCGUCUGGGCGAGACCGCUGCCGCUGUUAUGCGCUCUGCCGGAUACAAGGUCCACUGGAAGAGCUAUCAGAGACAAGGGCAUUGGUAUAGAAUCCCGGACGAAAUUGCCGAUGAACACCUUGACAUGGUGAAAAGAAAAGCGAAAGAGGCGACUCGAGAGGGAAUGCGACCCAAGCGACAAUUCCCAGGGAUAGUCUCCACGACCUUCAACAUCGAGAAAAGAAAGCUCAAGGCCGAAAGACGCCUUCUAGAGAAUAAAGGGAAAUACUUAAAAAGAUUAAUAUAG